CAUGCGCCUGCUUCUCCUUAGCAUAGCUGUGUCAGUUGGAGCCGCGUUCGUCGCGUUUUCUUCGGGUUUCGUUGGGCUGAGCAGCCGCAGCUGAGCUCCAGCCGCUCGGUGGCGGUCGGAGGGAGGUUUGGAGAGAGAAGAGGCCGCAGAGAUGCGCAGAUAGCGGCUCUAACAGCGACUGGAAGAGACGCAGAAACAUGGAUGCUGCCUUCAGCCCCGAGGUUCACACAGACGGCACAGUGUUGCCUGCAGAUGUCCGGCGGGUUCUGGUGGUUAAAGAAGAGGCUCCUGAGGAGCAAAGUCUAGGUGUGGAUCAGCAUGAACCAGAGGCCCUCCACAUCAAGGAGGAAUCGGACAAAGAGCUCAAUUUGAAGCAGCCUGAUGCCACCAGGAUUCCAUCAGCUACAAUUCCCAUAAAGAGUGAUGAUGAUGAAGGUAACCCUCUUCUCUCACAGCUUCAUCAGCACCAAACAGACUGGGAUGGAGCAGAAACCAGCAGGAAGCUAGAUCUAAAACAUCAUGAGAAAACUCUAAAAGCAGAUGUUCCUGAGGAAAUUAAUUCUGGUGUGGACCGUCAGGAACUGGAGCUCCUACAGAUCAAGCAGGAGGAGGAGGAGCCCUGGACCAGUCUGGAGGAAGAACAGCUUAAUGUGAAGGAGGAGACUGAUCCCAACAUGUUUCCUUUAACUGUGGUUCUUGUGAAGAGUGAGGAUGAGGAAGAGAAACCUCUGCUCUCACAGCUUCAUCAGCACCAAUCAGAAGAGAGAGAUCUACCAACCAGCAGCUCAGCUGACCAGAUGAAGGCAGAAACUGACGAAGAGGACUCUGAAGGAGCAGAAUCCAGCAAGAACCCAGAUCUAAAUGCCCAUGGAGACACUUCCAGCUCUUCAGAAACUGAGGUCAGUGAUGAUGAAGAGGAGCAUGAUUACUCUGAAUCUGAAACUGAAGACAGUAUGAAGGACUGGAAGGAGAGCAGAGCUCCUGAGUCUGAAGGAAAAGCUGCCAGCGAGUCUUUAAGCUGCUCUGAGUGCGGUCAGCAAUUUGUUAACAAGCGCUCCCUUCAGAGACACACGGCAUGUCACUCAACAGCGAGGAAGGCACGCAGGUCGGGAAACAAGAAACAUGGUAGAGGAAAGAAAAAUAUUAAUUCAUUGAAGAAUGUCCAGACUGGUGUAAAAACCUUUACCUGUGAUGACUGUGGGAAAAGUUUCAACUGGAAAAAUCAUCUAAGCAGACACAUGAGAAUCCACACGGGAGAAAAACCGUUUGGCUGCGACAUCUGUGGACAAAGAUUUAACCAAAAUUCUAAUUUAAACAAGCACAUGAGAAUCCACACAGGGGGGAAACCUUUUGGUUGUGAUGUUUGUGGACAAAGAUUUAAUCUGAAAUCAUAUUUACACAUACAUAUGCGGAUUCACACAGGAGAGAAACCAUUUAGUUGCGAUGUUUGUGGACAGAGAUUUAACCAAAAAUCUAAUUUAAACAAACAUGCUAAAAUCCACACAGGAGGUAAACCAUUUGGUUGUGAUUUCUGUGGACAAAGAUUCAACUUAAAGUCAUAUUUAAACAAACAUGUAAGAAUCCACACAGGGGAGAAACCAUUUAGAUGUGAUGUUUGUGAACAAAGGUUCAACCUUAGGUCACAUUUAAACUUGCACAAGAUAAUUCAUUCAGGAGAGAAACCGUUUGCUUGUGAUGUUUGUGGACAACGGUUAAUGCAGAAAUCAGCUUUAAAGAAACACAUGAAAAUCCACACAGAAAUCAAGUCGUUUGAUUGUGAUGUUUGUGGUCGACGAUUUAACCAAAAGUCUGCUUUAAAAAGACACCUGAGAAUCCACACAGGUGACAAACCAUUUGGUUGUGAUGUUUGUGGGCAAAGAUUUAACCAAAAGGCACAUUUAAACAAACACAUGACUAUUCAUACAGGAGCAAAACCAUUUGGCUGUGAUGUAUGUGGAGUUAGAUUUAACUUAAAGUCACAUUUAAUCAAACACACAAAUGUCCACGCUGAUGGAGAAAGUGUUUAGUUUAAAAUAUCCACAAAACGGCUGAAUUAAAUUAGAAAUGACACGGUUUACAUCAGAAACACCAUUUUUUUUAACAAACAUUGUUUUAGCUUAAAAUAUUUAUACUGUAAUUUCCCUCUUAUGAGAAGCUCUUUCUUUGCAUAAAAAUAUACUUUUGGUGCCUAAAACCAUCUCAUAAGUCAGAGUACACAUUUCUUCAUGAAUCUAUCAUGUUAUAGCUUUAUGCUUGAAACAAAACUGUAUGCCGUCUGUCCCAGAUUGUGUCAGAAUAAUGCAAAUGCAUUUUUUGCAUUGUAUAUUUCUAAAACUUCUGUAUUUGUUGGUGUGUUAAAAUGAACAAAGACUUGUUUCCUUUGUCAGAAGUCCAACACAUGUUUGCAAGGUUAUAGUGACAAGUUUCAUCCAAAAGAUUUUAGAUUGAUUGCAGUUUAAGCAAUUGUGAAUAUCGUUGGCAAAAUAUGGCCGCCUCACAGCCACAGCCUGUCAUUUUUCAUUUCUACCAGUCACAUAUGAUUGAAGCUAUUUUUAAUUGGUUAUUCAUUGUAAUUAAGAUGGACUUAAUUCAGUUAAUGUUCUCUAUUAUUUUUGCCCCUUUUCCAUUAGUACCUAAUCUAUUCAGGUCAGGUCGGGUCAGUUCAUCAUGGUUUGACUAAUUUUCCAUCACAGUUGAGUAGCAUAUCAUGGAGGCUGGGGUCUUUGAUACCAGAGUGGCCCCACACACUGAAGGGAUGAGAUUUAUAGAUACACCAACACAACAACGGCCUGUACUGCUGCUUUAUUUCUGGCUGUUGUCAGAUUUAAAGUAAGAGGGGUGCCGGAUUUUUCAGACUGUAAGGUGCACUUAAAAUUCCUACAUUUUCUCAAAAAUUGAUGGUGCGCCUUAUAUCUGAUCACCGUUGUGCUUACUG